AUGAGGCAGGUAUCUGGAGUGGGGUUCCUCCUGGGGCUGAUGGCUCUCCCAGCGGCGCUGGGACAGAGAAGCUCGGAAAGCGCUAUAAAUAGCAGCCAGCCUCACAGCUUUGCCAUCGUCUCUUUCAAAUGGGACCAUGUCAAGGACCCUUAUAUCAUUAUACUCUGGAUACUUGUGGCCAGCUUGGCCAAAAUCGUUUUCCACUUGUCGCACAAAGUCACUCGGGUGGUUCCAGAGAGUGCUCUGCUGAUUGUUCUUGGUCUCGUCCUUGGUGGCAUUGUAUGGGCAGCAGAUCACAUCGCCUCCUUCACCCUUACACCAACUGUAUUUUUCUUCUAUCUGCUGCCCCCCAUUGUUUUGGAUGCUGGAUAUUUUAUGCCAAAUAGAUUGUUUUUUGGAAAUCUUGGUUCCAUCCUUUUGUAUGCUGUCAUUGGGACAGUCUGGAAUGCUGCCACAACCGGUUUAUCUCUCUAUGGUGUCUAUCGGACAGGAAUAAUGGGCCAGCUGAAGAGUGGGCUGCUGGAGUUCCUCCUGUUCGGCAGCUUAAUUGCUGCUGUGGAUCCUGUAGCUGUUCUGGCAGUGUUUGAAGAAGUCCAUGUCAACGAAGUUCUAUUCAUCAUUGUUUUUGGAGAAUCGCUUCUGAAUGAUGCUGUAACUGUAGUGCUGUACAAUGUGUUUGAAACUUUUGUUAAAAUGGGUCCAGAGAAUGUGACGGGGAUUGAAUGUGUCAAAGGCAUAGUGUCAUUCUUUGUGGUGAGCCUGGGUGGGACACUGGUUGGCAUUUUCUUUGCAUUCCUGCUCUCAUUGGUCAGUCGUUUCACCAAGCAUGUGAGGAUCAUUGAACCUGGAUUUGUGUUUAUCAUUUCCUACCUAUCCUACCUCACAGCAGAGAUGUUUUCUCUUUCCGCUAUCCUUGCGAUAACUUUCUGUGGCAUCUGCUGUCAGAAAUAUGUCAAGGCUAACAUAUCUGAACAAUCUUCUACAACUGUAAGAUAUACCAUGAAAAUGAUGGCCAGUGGAGCAGAAACUAUUAUCUUCAUGUUCCUGGGAAUUUCAGCUGUAGAUCCAGAUAUCUGGACUUGGAAUACAGCUUUUAUUCUGUUCACUCUGGUCUUCAUCUCAGUAUACAGAGUUAUUGGUGUAGUUUUACAGACAUGGAUUCUUAACCACUACAGAAUGGUCCAGUUGGAGAUAAUAGACCAGGUGGUGAUGUCAUAUGGUGGACUACGUGGAGCGGUUGCUUUUGCUCUGGUUGUACUUCUGGAUGAUACAAAAGUGAAUGAUAAAAACCUGUUUGUCAGCACAACUAUCAUUGUUGUGUUUUUUACUGUUAUUUUCCAGGGACUGACUAUCAAGCCUUUGGUACAGUGGCUGAAAGUGAAGAAAAGUGAACACAGAGAGCCAAAACUGAAUGAGAAACUUCAUGGCAGAGCCUUUGAUCACAUUCUUUCUGCUAUAGAAGACAUUUCUGGACAAAUAGGACAUAAUUAUCUGAGAGACAAGUGGUCCAAUUUUGAUAGGAAAUUCCUCAGUAAAGUGCUGAUGCGAAGAUCUGCUCAAAAAUCAAGAGACCAGAUCCUUAAUGUUUUCCAUGAACUCAACUUGAAGGAUGCAAUUAGCUAUGUGGCUGAGGGAGAACGUAGAGGUUCCUUGGCAUUUAUACGUUCUCCAAGUACAGACAACAUGGUAAAUGUGGAUUUCAGCACACCACGCCCAAGCACUGUGGAAAGCUCUGUCUCUUAUUUACUGAGAGAAAAAGCUGGACCAGUUUGCCUUGACAUGCAAGCUUUAGAGCAGAGGCGGAAAAGUAUCCGGGACACAGAAGACACGGUCGCUCAUCACACCCUACAACAGUACCUGUACAAACCCAGGCAGGAGCACAAACACCUGUACAGUCGACAUGAGAUCAUGCACAGUGAAGAUGAGAAACAAGACAAGGAGAUUUUCCAUAGGACAAUGAGGAAGCGUUUAGAAUCUUUCAAGAGUACCAAACUAGGAAUAAACCAUUCCAAGAAGCUCAACAAAAUCCACAAGCGAGACCGUGGCCAAAAAAGGCGAAACAGCAGUGUCAUACCAAAUGGAAAAAUACCUUCAGAAAAUCCAGUACAAGAUUUUACUUUGAAGGAAAAAGAUGUGGAGUUUUCUGAAUCAGAAGAAAAUAAUGAUUAUGAAACUUUGCAUCUAGGCAAAGGAGUUGAUUUCCUGGCUAAUGUGACGAAGCAAAAUUUCACAGAUACUCCUACUGGAAUUGAUAACCCAGUAUUUUCAGCUGAUGAUGAUCAAAGCAUCUACAUGAAGUUCUCACCAUGGUUAUCUAGUGAAGAUACUGUGGUACCAUCACAAAGGGCCCGAGUGCAGAUCCCAUAUUCUCCAAACAACUUCAGACGGCUCACUCCAUUCCGGCUCAGCAAUAAAUCAAUAGAUUCCUUCCUGCUAGCAGACGGCCCAGAGGACCGACCCAGAUCUUUUCUCCCAGAAUCAACACAUAUGUAA